AUGGUUGUCAAAGCUAUACCUCGUGUUUCGAUAGCACGUAAUGGUGUAGGAGCAUUUAUUUUCCCCUGUAAGAAGAUCACAUUACAAUAUUGUAAUUGGGGAGGAUCAUCCCAAGGUAUGAGAGAUUUCUUAAUGUCCAAAAGAUUGGAUAAAUUAGCGAAACAAUAUCCAUUUAUUCAAUUCCAUGUGAUGAAGAAAUCUGGACAUCCAAUCUUGAGAGCAGAAUAUAAUAAUAAUCGAGAGAAAGUCAUUUGUGUGAGGAAUUUAAACAUUGACAAUGUAGAGAAUAAGUUGAAAUUGUUGAAGGAUUCAAGUGGAGAUGUCUUACGUAAAAGAACUAAGAAUGAUAAUGUGGAGACUUUAAAUAAUAGUGUUAGAGGUGUAUGGUCGCCUAUCCAUGCAGCUACGAGACAUAGAAUUUAG